UGAGAGGAAUAAAGUUUCAUCAUUCAAAGGGGCGCUGAAGACGCAGCGAGUGGGCGGAGCAAAACAUGUUACGCGGUCGCAUGAACUUUUCGCGGGAGUUUACGUACGUCAAUAAAGCGAAAGUAAAGAAGGGAAAAUGAGUGACAGUUCCUCGCUGGUUAGAGAGAGCCCACUGUUGUUACCUCAGAAUAAGGAGAAGACGGUUUAUGACGGCUUCAUCACACUGCAGGGAGCAGAUUUCAGACUGAGAGUGCUACUCCCUCCUAAUCGCCAGCUGAAGCAUGCCAAAUUGCAGUGCUGCUGGCGCCUAAAACAGCUCCUGCGUGAUUAUCAAAAUAUAAUAAAACAGAGAUUGCAGCAUUCCUCUGAUCUUUGCACUUUUAUUUUGGAGCUGAAAACGGUCUUAGAGGUGGCUGUGAAGAAAUCACCAGAGAGUCGGAGCGUGCCCCCGCCCCAGUACUACGCAGGCCUGAUUGCAGAGCUAGACAGCCUGGGAUGGGAUAAAGUGCUGUUCAUCGCCACGGAGCUGAGUAUGCUGAGGCUGGGGGCGAAAGAUUCGUCCAGUCGACAGCACGCCAUCACGGUGCGGUUAGGGCCCAAGUACCCUGCGGAAGCCCCAGAAUGCUCUGCAGACCUACCCGUUCCACUGGUCGUGGGCUGGACACCACAGAGCACCCUGGCCAAUGUUUACAGCCAAUUUGUGGCCUUGCUGGAAUCCCUGGAGGAAUUCUGGGCCAUGAUGGAUGAAAUCGAUGAGAAGACCUGGAUCCUGGAACCAGAGAAGCCGACCCGGGGAGAUACAAUGAGGCGUAUUGUCAUCGGGAACAAUGUGUCCAUAAAGUUGGAGGUAGACCCCCGGUAUCCCAGCAUGCUGCCAGAAUGCUGUCUUCUGGGGGCUGAGCACGUGGUGACCCCCUUGAGGAGUAGACUGAACGCCAACAUGCAUUUGUGGAAUCCGGAAUGCAGCGUCCUGCAGAAUGUGAAGGAGAUGCUAGAGAUAGAAUUCCCGUCACCUGCCACCCACGAAAAAUCUAGCUUUAGCAUGGAGUGUGGCAUCUGUUACUCCCAUCGACUACAGUCGGCCAUCCCGGACCAGGUGUGCAACGACCCUCGCUGUGGCCAGGCCUUCCACCAGGGGUGCCUGUACGAGUGGCUGAGAGGCCUGCCAUCCAGCCGCCAAAGCUUCAGCAUGGUAUUUGGAGAGUGCCCCUACUGCAGUAAGCCUAUUACAGUGAAAAUGGCUGUACCAAAGCCCUGAAAACAGACCUAUUACCAUCAACAUCAAAGGGCAAGCAGAGCAAGGAGGACAAGGAAGAGGAGCGUAAUGAGGGCACUGUAGAGUUUCAGCGCCCAGCUCGGGCCCCGGUCUCCUGCGGGCUGCUGUAGGACCGGCUCCCCAUGCUCCUCCAAAUCUUCAGGUUCUUCUGCCCACCUGAGACUCUGGGCGUCUGCUUCUGGUUGCUGUACCCGUUUACGAGGAGGUCUGGCCAGUGCCACCUUAGGUUUCUGCAUGACAGAAAUGAAUGCUUCUGAUUUGAAUUUCUCACCAAUUCUUUUUCAGUUCUAAGCAGAAGUUCUACUUUGUUCUUUCUUUGAAAAUAUAUAAAGUGCACAGCAACAGUGCAGUGCCGGCUUAUUUAGGGAGACCUGUCUAACACAAUCACCCUACUCCUCCAAGUGGCACAUCAUGUGGCUGUAACUAUAUAAAUCACACAGACGGGGUCAAAAGGUUCCAGUUACUGUUUGACUUAAACCACAGAAUGGGCAGGAUGUGAGAACUAAGUGAUUGUGAACGUGAUGUGAUCAGUGCCUGCCGUGGUGGAUCCAGCGUCUCAGAAACGGCCACCAUGCUGGGAUUUUCACAUAUCGCAGUUGACAGAGAAUGGUGCAAUAAACAAGGAAAGCGUCCAGUCAGCAGCAAUUCAGCGGGUGAGAACGGGUCAGAGGAAGAGGGCCGGGCUCGUUAAAGUAAACACUAAGGCCACAAGUGCAGAAAUAACCGUUAAGCAGAACAGUGGUCUACAGAAAGGCUUCUGUGAACUUGUCAGACCUUGAAGUGGAUGGACCACAGAGCACAUGUCUGUGCUGGGUUCCACUCCUGUCAAUGAAGAGCAAGAAGACUACACUAGUCGGCAUGUGAUCACCAAACUGGACGGAAAAAAAUGGCACCUGCUCUGACAUGCUGAUAGGGUUAUUCCUACAAGAAACCUUCCUGUCCACCACAUCCCUUUUGGGUUUGAGAUCUGAGGACUCUGCAGGCCCCUGGAGUAAACUGAUCCUGACUACAUUUCUGGAAGCACCUUGAGAGCAACAGAAACUCAGAUUCGUCAGAACUGGUGUAAUUUUUCCAUCUGCUUCAGGGUCUGACAAGUUGUGAGCAUGUGACAGAUGCCCACUGCUGUUGAAGAGAGUUGCUGUUUUUGACCUGUCUAAUGUGUAGUUGAACAGUAAAUGAACCCCUUGACAUUA